GCACACAUUUACCCAAUGCAUGUCUCUAAUCCCAUGGAAUAAUUUACACCAUGAAUGCGAGAGUCCCUUGGAUGGAUCCUUUAUAAACGACAGCUUUCUGCUCAAACCUCAGUCUUCUCCUUCACCUUCCAGACCAGGACAUCUCUACAGCUUCGAGCUAAAUUCAUUUUUAAGACGUUUAUCAGGGAUUCGUUGAUGGCAUCUAAAAUGAAAGACAGGAAGAGAACUCCAAUCUCCCACAAAGUCAUCGAGAAAAGAAGACGGGACCGCAUUAAUCGUUGCCUGAACGAACUGGGAAAAACAGUUCCAAUGGCGUUGGCUAAACAGAAUUCUGGAAAACUAGAGAAAGCUGAAAUCUUGGAGAUGACGGUUCAGUACCUGCGAGCGCUCCACUCAGCGGACUUUCCACGCGGGAGAGAGAAAGGCGAACUACUUGCUGAAUUUGCAAACUACUUCCACUACGGAUACCACGAGUGUAUGAAGAACUUGGUGCACUACCUGACCACAGAGGAUAGAGCUGAAACCAAAGACAUCAAGUACGCAAGGAUCCUCGCCUUUUUACAGUCAAAGUCCCGUGUGGUCACCGAGCCUGUGUUUGGCUCUGUCGGCGCGAUGCCAGAACCGUCUGAAUAUCUCAGCCAGCUGCAUUCCUCCCCGGAGCACCAAAACCACAGCCCCAGUGACUCCGUGUACCAACAGAGUCCACCGGGACACUUCUCGUGGCACAGCUCAGCCCGCAGUCCAGGCAUCUCAUACCCAACAGUGCCACUCUCUGCCCACACACAACAGCACGGUGGAUACUUGUCGCCGGUGCCGGGACUCGAUCACCACUAUUUCAACUUCAUCGGGCACACGCACGCAAAUACAUUUAGUUUGCACAAUGCACAACACGCCAUGUAAAUAGCCUUGUUUUAUGUUUUUUAUUUAUGCAUAUGGAUCAUGUAAAUGUUGUGAAUAAAUAGAGUAU